CGGCCGCAGGUUGUUCAGCAGGACGCGGCUGAAGCGCACGGCUCCGCGGCGGCACAGCGCUCCUCCGGGGGAUGCCCUGCGCUCUCUGACCGACACCGGGGACUGACACGGACCUGCCGGCUUCAGCUCGACCGCGGACCGCACUUUUACACCUCGAACGGCGCGAUGACGACGCGAUCGGAGCGAGAGAAAGCGCAAAAACUUAACGAACAGCACCAGGCGAUUCUAUCCAAACUGCUCCGGGAAGAGGAGAACAAGUACUGCGCGGACUGCGAGGCCAAAGGUCCUCGCUGGGCCUCGUGGAACCUGGGUGUGUUCAUGUGCAUCCGCUGUGCAGGAAUCCACCGGAACCUGGGAGUCCACAUCUCCAGAGUCAAGUCAGUCAACCUGGACCAGUGGACCCCGGAGCAGAUCCAGAGUAUGGUGGAGAUGGGGAACAGCAGAGCCAAACAGGUGUAUGAGGCCCACCUGCCCGAGAGCUUCAGGAGACCCCAGUCUGACCAAGCAGUGGAGGUUUUCAUCCGGGACAAGUACGAGAGGAAAAGAUACUUCGACAAGGACGCGCUGCCUCCGAAGUCUGAAGUCACCGCCUCCCCGUCGUCCCAGGAGAAGAACAAGCCCGAGAAAGAGAAGAAGAAAGAGGAGAAGAAGAGAGAGAAGGAGACGGAGAGAAACAACUCAAAGUCCGAGUCCAGGAGUCCGAAGAAAAGUCCAGAGCCCAACGUGGAUCUGCUGGGACUGGAUGGUCCUGACAGCAGCAGUGGGCGGGGCUCCAGUCCGGCUGAACCAAUCAGCAACGAGGUGGAUCUGUUUGGACCGAUGGUGUCGAACCCUCUGCCCUCGUCCGGCUCACAGUCCGCACAGGCCGGUGGUGGAACAGCGCCCCCUACCUCCCCCGCUCCCGUCUCCUCCUCCUCUUCCUCUGCUGCUCCGAGGCCCGAGGAGAAGAAACUCAUGUCCAAAGACUCUAUUCUGUCCCUGUACAGCAGCCAACCACAGGGGGCGCCACCGCAGCAGAACGCCACCGGACAGGGAUUUCUGUGGGAAAAUGAUUAA